AUGAGGGCGGUGGGGCGGGGUCCGUUGCCGCGGCGGUGUCCAAGAUGGCGGCGCGGGAUUCCGCUGUGUGAAACCAGCGCGGGCAGGCGAGCUCCCCAGUUCCGAGGCGGCCCCGGACAGUCCUCAGCCAUGAAGGGGAAGGAGCGCUCUCCCGCCAAGGCCAAGCGCUCCCGCGGCGGCGGGGAGGAGUCGAGCACCCGCGGGGAGCGGAGCAAGAAACUCGGGGGCUCGGGCGGCAGCAACGGCAGCGGCGGCGGUAAGGCGGAGAGCGGCGGCACCCGCCGGAGCCUGCACCUGGACAAGGGCAGCAGCCGGGGCGGCAGCCGCGAGUACGACGCGCCGGGCGGCGGCUCGGGCGGCCGCCUGCACAGCUACAGCUCCCCGAGCGCCAAGAACUCUUCGGGCGGGGGCGAGUCGCGCGGCGGCUCCCGCGGGGGCGGGGAGGCCCGUUCUGCCGGCGCCCCCGGCUCCACAGGCGGUGAGGGCGGGGGCGGCGAGUACAAGACUCUCAAGAUCAGCGAGCUGGGCUCCCAGCUGAGCGACGAGGCUGUGGAGGACGGGCUCUUUCACGAGUUCAAGCGCUUCGGGGACGUGAGCGUCAAGAUCAGCCGUCUGCCAGGGGGUUCGAGUGACGAGCGCGUGGCCUUCGUGAACUUCCGCCGGCCCGAGGACGCGCGGGCCGCCAAGCACGCCCGGGGCCGCCUGGUGCUCUACGACCGCCCGCUCAAGAUCGAGGCAGUGUACGUGAGCCGGCGCCGCAGCCGCUCACCUCUGGACAAGGAGGCCUAUGCACCGGCCGCCACCACGGGCGCUGCCGCUGGCCACCGGCACCCGCCAGGGGGCGGCCAGCGGGCGCUGUCCCCUGGCGGUGCGGCCCUGGGCUACCGAGACUACCGCCUGCAGCAGCUGGCCCUGGGCCGCCUGCCGCCCCCACCGCCCCCGCCGCUGCCCCGCGAGCUGGAGCGCGAGCGAGACUACCCCUUCUAUGAGCGUGUGCGCCCGGCCUACGGCCUGGAGCCCCGUGUGGGUGCCGCCGGCGCCGCCCCCUUCCGCGAGCUGGACGAGCUCUCCCCCGAGGACGGCCAGCGAGCCAACCGCACCCUCUUCCUGGGCAACCUGGACAUCACGGUGACCGAGAGCGACCUGCGCCGCGCCUUCGACCGCUUCGGCGUCAUCACCGAGGUGGACAUCAAGCGGCCCACGCGGGGCCAGACGAGCACCUACGGCUUCCUCAAGUUCGAGAACCUGGACAUGUCUCACCGCGCCAAGCUGGCCAUGUCCGGCAAGGUCAUCAUCCGCAACCCCAUCAAGAUCGGCUACGGCAAGGCCACGCCCACCACGCGCCUCUGGGUGGGCGGCCUGGGCCCCUGGGUGCCGCUGGCUGCCCUGGCCCGCGAGUUCGACCGCUUCGGCACGAUCCGCACCAUCGACUACCGCAAGGGCGACAGCUGGGCCUACAUCCAGUACGAGAGCCUGGACGCGGCGCACGCCGCCUGGACCCACAUGCGGGGCUUCCCACUAGGGGGCCCCGACCGCCGGCUGCGGGUGGACUUUGCUGACACGGAGCACCGCUACCAGCAGCAGUAUCUGCAGCCGCUGCCCCUGACCCACUACGAGCUGGUGGCUGACGCCUUCGGGCACCGCGCCCCCGACCCCCUGCGGGGUGCCCGAGACCGCACGCCCCCCCUGCUGUACCGGGACCGGGACCGGGACCUUUACCCGGACACAGACUGGGCGCCACCUCCCCCGCCAGUCCGCGAGCGUGGCACGAGGGCCGCUGCCGCUGCCGUGCCGGCCUAUGAGCCCCUGGACAGCUUGGAGCGCCGGCGGGACGGUUGGUCCCUGGAGCGGGACCGUGGGGAAAGAGACCUGCCUGGCAGCCGAGACCCUCCCCGCAAGAGACGCAUGCCCGAGGACGGCGGGGGCCGGCACGCGGACAGGUCCCCGGAGAGCGAGCGCUCCCGGAAAAGACACUGCCCUCCCACGCCAGACCGCAGCCCCGACAUGGGCGGUGGCCGAGACCGCUACAACAGCGACCCUGACCGCUCCUCACGCCUGCUCCUGCUCGAGCGGCCCUCCCCGGUGCGGGCAGACCGGAGGGGCAGCUUGGAGAGGGGUCAGGGCGACAAGAGAGACCGCAAGAACUCUGCGUCAGUGGAGCGGGAGCGGAAGCACCGGGCCCCUGCGCCCUCAGAGGGCAAGAGUCCCAUGAAGAAGGAGGAGCGGGCCGAGGCAUCUGCGCCCAGCACCAGUAGCGGGUCACGGCUGAAAUCCCCUCCGCAGAAGCCCGAAGCCCCAGUGGCCUCUGCCCCCGCAGCGGCCCCCAAGCUGUGCCUCGCUUGGCAGGGCAUGCUGCUGCUCAAAAACAGCAACUUUCCUUCCAACAUGCAUCUGCUGCAGGGUGAUCUCCAUGUGGCCAGCAGCCUUCUGGUGGAGGGCUCCACGGGGGGCAAGGUGGCCCAGCUCAAGAUCACCCAGCGCCUGCGUCUGGACCAGCCCAAAUUGGACGAGGUGACCCGCCGCAUCAAGGUGGCCGGGCCCAAUGGCUAUGCCAUUCUGCUUGCUGUGCCUGGCAACUCGGACAGCCGCUCCUCAGCCGUGUCUGAGGCCACCACCUCGACUCAGAGGCCGCUUAGGAACCUGGUGUCCUACCUUAAGCAAAAGCAGGCAGCUGGAGUCAUCAGCCUCCCCGUGGGGGGCAACAAAGACAAGGAGAAUACCGGGGUCCUCCACGCCUUUCCGCCCUGUGAGUUCUCCCAGCAGUUUCUGGAUUCUCCUGCCAAGGCACUGGCCAAAUCUGAAGAAGAUUACCUGGUCAUGGUCAUUGUCCGUGCUGGUGGACAGCGGAUGAAGAUUUGGAAUUCUAAGCUCUAAUGGACCUUUUUGAAGAGAAGUUGUGGCUUAUGUGGAAUUUACAUGGGCCUCUUGAUUGGAAGAAAGCUUAUCUGUUUAGUAUUUGUGCAUUUUACUAAAAUGGCAGCUUUAAAAAGUUGUGUAUCUGCUAUUGUGAUGCCAAUGCCCGUGUUUUAAGUGGAAAAAAAUGACCUCUUUGCUUUGUGCUGUGUACACAAGAUUUCUGGAAAAGUAAAGGAAAACCCUUUUUAUGGCUCACACAGCUUAAAAGUAGCUGUCACUCAAACGUGCGCUCACAGUUGAGCUGAUUUUGUUUCAUUCUAAAUAAAUUGUUUCUUUUGAGGAAAA